ACAACGAGGGAAUCUAUCUUCCGACCUGGCGACUCACAGGCGGCUGCCGGUCGCGGCCGCGAUCACCACUCCACAGGUGGCCAUCACGCUGGCAAGGUGGCGUAUGUCGAUGCUGGUGAUGGAACUGGCGCUCCAAGCAGUGGCUCACAUGAAACCCAUGGGGUGUACGAUCAACCCCCUUUGAUGGCUAGCGGCUCUUCCAAGUAUCCGUCGCAAUUCCCUCCUCCCACUGUAGCACGCCUAGAUAGGGAGCAUAUGCUGGACGAUGAGUUUUCGCUGACGGAAUCAGAGCGGUACAACCCUUACGUUGUUCAAGAUCUCCCCAUUGGUAAAGAGAAUGAUGUUCGUGAUAAGAGGUCCACCAUACAACAGAUUACCCGGCUUUGUAUUCACCGACGGGAAAGGUGGAUUUUCUUCCUGGCAAAACGCGCACAUGCAGUCGCAGCUCUCAGAUGAUCAAAGAGGCUACACUGGGUUUCCCUCGUAUUAUACGCAUCCUCAACCACCAAUCAUGACUAGCUAUCACCAUCCGGAUGACCCUCUUGCAAACCCCCAACUAGGGCAGGGACCAUCAUCGCCUGCGGAGAGCAAUGGCAGGCGUAGGUCAGCCAACACAUGGUCAGUAUCCCACAAGCACAGGUCGGAUGGCACAACCGGACUCUCAACCUAUACACUGGAAUCGGACUUCUAUGGUGGCUACGCAGAAGACUCCGCCUCCCCCGAGACACACAAGCAUGACGCCGUAGUGGAUGAUCAAAGCGAGAUCACGAGAAGACGCUUCACUUUGAAUCGACCUGAAGUCGCAGGACCUAGCGAGGAGACGGGAGACCCUAGAUUAGAUGAGGACGCGAUAGCACAAAUUAGAACAAGGCGAGCAGCCUUUGCAGCUGGCCAGGUGGACAGUCACACCAGUGAGGUGACUCUCAGGGAUGAUCAGGACUACUCAAGGAGAAUCCUUAAAUAAUUCGCGUAUAUCUUGUGACUUUGGUGAAAAAAGCUGUGAUAUUCAUGUAGAUUAGAGUGUUGCCUUCGUUCAUGUUCUUGUCCUUGCUCCUUCACCGUGUAUCUGAUGUAUGUGCCCAACCCAUACGGGAUGCAUGUUCGGUCCCUUUUGACACAUGCCAAAACCUGACCGCCCAUUUGCAUAUGAUGUAAAUAUCUCUUUAUGAUUCAGAUGAUCGGUGUCCCAUGCUGUUCAUCCAGUGAUCUAGUGACGGUGUUGAUUUGGGUAUCCCUUUGA